GUCGUGUCAUUCCAAAGUCUCAAGAGAGAUAUCCAAAUUGUGGUGUCACCGUGCUGUGCUUUUCGUACAGUUCCUUUCUAUCGGCCCACAGACAAACAAAUCAAAAGGCCUCCUCUUCUCUCUUCAUUCUUCUCUUCUCUGCUUGAUUUAAUUCAUUUAUACAAUUUUUUCUCUUUGAUUCUCUGAAGAAUUUUUUUCGAUCUAAUGGAGGAUCGUAAGGAGAAAAACGCUCCGUGGCUAUCAGUGCCUCAGUUUGGGGACUGGGACCAUAAAGGGCAGGUGCCAGACUACUCUCUGGAUUUCUCAAAAAUCAGGGAAAUGAGAAAGCAAAACAAGAUGGAUGUGACUAGAGCAAGUCUUGGAAAUGACGAAGAGCUAAUUGCCUCGUCCAACACCACCACCACCAAUGCCAGCAGCACCCGGAGCGACAACCAUCACCAGCACCUCCAGCACGACUACCCUCAGAGCCAGCAUUCUCCAACUACAAGGAGGAGUUUUCUCAGCCGCUUCAGCUGUUGCGGGAAAGCCUAACUAUACUUAAAACGCACGACAUGUUAUUAUAUGUCUUUCAAUUUAAUGAUUGUCGAAUAGGGAAAGCUAGCUACUUGGUUCCUUCUGCUUAUAUAAUUUGGCUUCUUU